AUGCCCAGCUCGGCCUCCCCGCUGGAAGGGCCCUUUCCCGCCCUGGGGGGGCUGCUGGGGGUGAGCCCCCCUUGCAGCCGGCUCCCCCCGGAGCAUCCCCCCGUCCAGCAGCCUUUCCCCCUCGAAGAAGGAGAAGAGGAGGCGUCGAGCGGGGAGCGCCCAGCCGUGCCCAGCGCGGCCCCCCGGUUGGAAGGGCCCCUCUCCGCCCUGGGGGGGCUGCUGGGGGCGAGCCCCCCUUGCAGCCGGCUCCCCCCGCGGCAUCCCCCCGUCCAGCAGCCUCUCCCCCUCGAGGAGGGAGAAGGAGAAGAGGAGGAGGAGGACGCCCUCCAGCUUGCCCUGGACCACCUCUCCAUCUUGGGCCAAGAGGAAGAGGAGGAGAUGGGGGGGCUGGAGCUGGAGCCCCCCGGCUAUGGGGCGCUGGCAGGAGGAGGAGGGGGCGGCGGCUUCGCCCUGCUGGAGCCCCUCGAAGGGGGCUCCCCGCCGGGCGAGCUCUUUGCAGCCUUCCCGGGCUCGCUGCUGGGGGGGCCGCCCCCCCACCUCCUCCUGGCCGCCCCCCCGACGCCGCCGCUGGGCACCAUCGGGAGCCGCAAGAGGAGCGUCAACACCACCGAGUGCGUGACCGUGCCCAGCUCCGAGCACGUGGCCGAGAUCGUGGGCAGGCAAGGGUGCAAGAUCAAAGCUUUGAGAGCAAAAACCAACACCUACAUAAAGACACCAGUGAGAGGGGAGGAACCUGUCUUCAUUGUGACCGGCCGAAAAGAGGAUGUGGAAAUGGCCAAGCGAGAGAUCCUCUCGGCCGCCGAGCACUUCUCGAUGAUCCGAGCCACUCGCAACAAAGUCAAUGGGGUGUCAGGGACAGUCUUAGGUCCCCCCAACCUCCCCGGGCAGACGACGAUCCAAGUGCGGGUGCCUUACCGCGUGGUCGGCUUGGUGGUGGGCCCCAAGGGGGCCACCAUCAAGCGGAUCCAGCAGCAGACCCACACAUACAUCGUGACCCCGAGUCGAGAAAAAGAGCCCAUCUUUGAGGUUACCGGCAUGCCCGAGAACGUUGACCGGGCCCGGGAGGAAAUCGAAGCCCACAUCACCAUGAGAACGGGCUCCUUCGUUGACAUCAGCAGCGACAAUGACUUCCACACCAACGGCACGGACGUCUGCCUGGAUUUGCUGGGUGGCGCUGGCAGUGGUCCCUCCAGCCUGUGGGUCAAAGCCCCCAAU